GCUUUAAACAACUUGUUAUUCGGGAGCAAUCAGCUGCAAUUAGGUAUUAAUUAAGUAUUAUGAAAGUUGAUUAUUUAAGUGAAUUCGGCUUUCGUCUCUCCGACUAUGCUGAAAGAACUCUAUGCACUGACGCAGCCUCAGGAAAACCCGCGAUGGCUGCCAAGCGCAAAGGCGGCCUGAAGCUGAACGCCAUCUGCGCCAAGCUGAGCCGCCAGGUCGUCUGCGACCACGCGGGCGCCGAGCAGGCACGGGCGGACAGGGGACAGCAGGACAGCAGCAACAAGGAGCUGCCCCAGCCCGGCGCCAAGGAGCCGGGCACAGAGUUUGCAGAUGGACUCAGCCGCGUGCAGAAGAUCGAGGAGGACAAAAGGAGGGAGGUGAUCGAGAAGUGGGUGAACGGGGAGUACAACGAGGAGCCGCUGCUGGGGCGAGCAGAGGGCAGAGAGGGCAAGGGCGCCGAGAGCGCGGAGCUGCCCCCCGAGGGGGUGUACAUGGUGCAGCCCAAGGGCUGCAGCGACGAGGAGGACAACGGCGACGAGGCGGACGCUCUGAGGGGCUCGCAGGACGGCAGCUUCUUGGAUGACAGGGAUUCAGAUGGGCCAGCCAAGGACGAUGCCUACCGGUCCUCCAGCGGCGAGCCGGGCUCCAAGCUGGGGGCAGGAGCCACCUCAGGGGAAGCGUCCUCGCUGCGGGACUACGCCGCCACCACCAUGAACGAGUUCCUGGGCAUGUUCGGCUACGACGAGCAGAACAUGCGGGACGAGCUGGCGCGCAAGAUCAGCUUCGACAAGCUGCACGCCGCGCCCGCGGAGGCCGCGGCCCUGCCCGGCGACGACGCCGCGGGCAAGCGCGCCCGCUUCUCCAAGUACGAGGAGUACAUCCGCAAGCUGAAGGCCGGCGAGCAGCUCUCGUGGCCCGUGCACCUGGCCAAGGCGGAGGAGCUGGGCUCCAAGCUGGGCAAGGAGCCGUGCUCGGCGCUGGCCCAGCCCGGGCGCGGGCCGGGCCCCGACGCCUCCAUGCUGACCGAGACCAAAGCCACCAUCCUGCCCCUGCCCUCCCCCGGCAGCUCCCAGAUGCAGGGCCUCAUGUCACGGGCCUCCAAGUACGACUUCUUCAUUCAGAAGCUGAAGACGGGCGAGAGCAUCAGGCCGCAAAACGGCAACACCUACAAGAAGGCCUCCAAGUACGACCUCGAAAACGUCAAGUACUUGCACCUCUUCAAGCCCGGGGAGGGAAGCCCAGACAUGGGAGGAGCCAUCGCCUUCAAGACGGGCAAGGUUGGCCGGCCCUCCAAGUACGACGUGAGGAACAUCCAGAAGCUCACUCCAGUGAAAGCUGUGCCCAGCCUGGCCCCCGCCUCCCUCGCCAGCACCCCCAGCAGCACUCCCGUGGCCGGGCCAGAGCAGUCCAUCUCAUUGCCAUUCAACACUCCUGAGUACCUGAAAUCAACUUUCUCCAAGACAGACUCCAUCACAACUGGAACAGUCUCUACAGUAAAGAAUGGAUUACCCACUGACAAACCAGCCGUCAGCGAAGACGUAAAUAUUUACCAGAAGUACAUUGCCAGGUUCUCUGGCAGCCAGCACUGUGGCCACAUCCACUGUGCCUACCAGUACCGAGAGCACUACCACUGCCUGGACCCCGAGUGCAACUACCAGAGGUUCACCAGUAAACAGGACGUGAUCCGGCACUACAACAUGCACAAGAAGCGGGACAACUCCCUGCAGCACGGCUUCAUGCGCUUCAGCCCCCUGGACGACUGCAGCGUCUACUACCACGGCUGCCACCUCAACGGCAAGAGCACCCACUACCACUGCAUGCAGGUGGGUUGUAAUAAGGUCUACACAAGCACCUCUGAUGUGAUGACCCAUGAGAACUUCCACAAGAAGAACACGCAGCUCAUCAACGACGGGUUCCAGCGGUUCCGUGCCACUGAGGACUGCGGCACUGUGGAAUGCCAGUUCUACGGGCAGAAAACCACUCACUUCCACUGCAGGAGACCUGGGUGCACAUUCACCUUCAAGAACAAGUGUGACAUUGAGAAGCACAAGAGCUACCACAUCAAAGAUGAUGCCUAUGCCAAGGAUGGCUUCAAGAAGUUCUACAAGUACGAGGAAUGCAAGUACGAGGGCUGUGUCUACAGCAAGGCCACCAACCACUUCCACUGCAUCAGGGCAGGCUGUGGCUUCACCUUCACCUCCACCAGCCAGAUGACUUCCCACAAGCGCAAGCACGAGCGCCGGCACAUCCGCAGCUCGGGGGUGCUGGGGCUGCCCACCUCGCUCCUGGGCUCCAAGGACAACGAGCAGGAGGAGUCCAGUAACGAUGACCUCAUUGACUUCUCUGCCAUGAGCUCCAAGAACUCCAGCCUGAGUGCCUCCCCGACCAGUCAGCAGUCUUCCGUUUCUCUCAUCGUCCCAGCUGCGCCCUCCUCUGCAGCUGAGCUUGCUUCCUCACAGGCCACCAAGUCUGCCAACAGCCUGACACCAGCCACAAAGAUCUCUGGCCUGCUUUCCCAGGCCCUUCCCAGCAAUAUACCCUUGGCCCUGGCACUCUCCAACUCAGCACUUCCUGGAGCAGCUGGAUCCUUCUUCCCCAUCAUCCCCAGCCGGGUCUCUACACCCCUUCCUGCCAGCUCGGCUAAUCUGAUGGCUGCUGGUUCUGGCAGCAAUGCAGCAUCAUCUGCUCCUGCAGAUUCCUCAUCCCAGCCAGUUUCAGGAUCUGGUGAGCCAGUGGCUACUUCUUCGACUUCUUCACCCGCUCCAGCAGCCUCUAUAAUGGAAAGGAUCUCUGCUAGUAAGGGAUUAAUCUCUCCUAUGAUGGCCAGGCUGGCAGCAGCUGCACUCAAGCCCUCUGUGGCACUUGAAGCAGGGAAUGGACAACCAGCACCUCCUGGACGGUUCAAUCCAGUCCAGGUGAAGCAGGAACCUGCAGAGGCCAUGGGACCCUCAUCUGCCACCAGCCAGGACCCCUUGCAGGAGCAGAGUUUGGACCUGAGUGUCAAGGACCAUGGUAAUGAAUCAAAUGGCCACACAGUCUCGGCAAAUUCAUCUCUUUUAUCCUCGCUUAUGAAUAAGAUGUCCAAGACCAGUGCCAGUCUUGGCAACCUGCUGAGCAUUAAGACAGAAGCUGAAGGCAGCCAGGCUGGGGCUGGGGAGCCAAGUCAGUACCUGGGCAAGGCAGUGAAGGCCCUGGUGCAGGAGAAGCUCUCUGAGCCAUGGAAGAUGUACCUGCGCCGGUUUGGCACCAAGGAUUUCUGUGAUGCCCAGUGUGACUUUCUGCACAAGGUGCAUUUCCACUGUGUGGUGGAGGAGUGUGGGGCCCUCUUCAGCACCCUGGAUGGAGCCAUCAAGCACGCCAAUUUUCACUUCCGAACUGAAGGUGGAACUGUGAAAAGCAACUCUGAGUCUCCCUUCUCGACUGCUACUGAGAGUAAGGCUUCCCUGGCCCCUUCAUCACCAUCUGCUGCUCCUGCCACCAUGGCCAGUGCUCCUGCCCUGGACGUGCCCACUCCAAACCCAGCUGCUCUGCCCUCUGCUCCCACACUACUUGCUUGGAAGCAGCUGGCUUCAACCAUACCCCAGAUGCCUCAGAUCCCAGCAUCAGUGCCUAACCUGGCAGCUUCACCGUUGGCAACGACUUCCCUGGAGAAUGCCAAGCCUCAGGUCAAACCUGGAUUUCUCCAGUUCCAGGAGAAUGAUCCCUGCUUGGCAACAGACUGCAAGUACGCCAACAAAUUCCACUUCCACUGUCUCUUUGGGAACUGCAAGUAUGUGUGCAAAACCUCUGGCAAAGCAGAAUCCCACUGCCUGGACCACAUCAACCCCAACAAUAACCUGGUGAAUGUGCGAGACCAGUUUGCUUACUACUCCCUGCAGUGUCUCUGUCCAAACCAGCACUGCGAGUUCCGGAUGCGGGGCCAUUACCACUGCCUGCGGCCCGGCUGCUACUUCGUCACCAACAUCACCACCAAGCUGCCCUGGCACGUGAAGAAGCACGAGAAGGCAGAGAGGAGGGCAGCCAACGGCUUCAAGUACUUCACCAAGCGGGAGGAAUGUGGCAGACUGGGUUGCAAAUACAACCAGGUGAACAGCCACUUCCACUGCAUCCGAGAGGGCUGCCAGUUCUCCUUCCUGCUCAAGCACCAGAUGACAUCCCAUGCCAGGAAGCACAUGAGGAGGAUGCUGGGGAAGAACUUUGAUCGUGUUCCUACUCAGGUUAUUGGCCACACUCCAAGAAAUGAAAAUCUCCCCCAGGUUGGCAGCAUGGCACCCAGCCCAGCCUCAUCAGGAACCCCAGCUUCCUUUCAGGGAGCCCCCAGCAUGAUGGACACUGAAACAGAGGAGUACAUGGAUUACACUGGCUGCAGCCCUGGGGGCAUCUCCUCUGAAUCCUCCAACAUGGACCGCAGCUGCUCCAGCACCCCCGUGGGCAAUGAAAGCACCUCAGCAGGGAACACCAUCACCAUGCCAACAGCCUCGGGGGCCAAGAAGCGUUUCUGGAUUAUCGAGGACAUGUCCCCGUUUGGCAAGCGCCGCAAGACCGCGUCCUCGCGCAAGAUGCUGGACGAGGGGAUGAUGCUGGAGGGGUUCCGGCGCUACGACCUCUACGAGGACUGCAAGGACUCGAGCUGCCAGUUCUCUCUCAAGGUUACCCACUACCACUGCACACGGGAGAACUGCGGCUACAAGUUCUGCGGCCGUACCCACAUGUACAAGCACGCCCAGCACCACGACCGCGUCGACAACCUGGUGUUGGAUGAUUUCAAGCGCUUCAAGUCUUCGCUGAGCUGCAACUUCCCAGACUGUCAGUUCUCUGGCAAUAGCACGCACUUCCACUGCCUGCGCUGCGGCUUCCGCUGCACCGACAGCACCAAGGUGACGGCGCACCGCAAGCACCACGGCAAGCAGGACGUGAUCAGCGCCGCCGGCUUCUGCCAGUUCAGCUCCAGCGUGGACUGCGAGGUGCCCGACUGCAAGUACAAGCUCAAGUGCUCCCACUUCCACUGCACGUACCCCGGCUGCAAGCACACGGUGGUGGGGAUGUCGCAGAUGGACUCUCACAAGCGCAAGCACGAGAAGCAGGAGCGCGGGGAGCUGCCCGCCAUCUCCCCCGGCCCCGAGGGCCUCGCCCACCCCGCCCUCGAGUACGACAUCCAGAACUCUUCCAUCAGCCUGGACAGUUCCCUGAACCUGAGCGCCGACACCAGCAGCUCGCUGCUGUUCCUGCAGAACGCGGCGGGCGUGGGGCUGGGCGACUCGCUGGACCUGAGCAGGAAGGCGGCCGAGGGCGGCGAGCGCCCGGCGCCCGGCGCGGCCGGGGAGGACGGGCCCGCGGGGACAGCCGGCCCCACGGGCGAGGACGAGGAGGACUCCUCCCAGGAGGAUGAGGAGGACGACGAGGAGGAGAUGAAUGAAGAGGAGGAGGAUGACGAGGAGGAGGAUGACGAUGAUGAUGAUGAGGAGGAUGAGGAGGAGGAAGACCUGAACACAGAUUCUGAAGAAUCGCUGCCAGACCCUGAAGGCCUGGCCGCCAAAGAAGAUGGAGAACCAGAGGAGGGGGCUUCUUCCACAGACCGUGGCGAUGCUUCCAGGCCGCAGGGCGAGCCAGCCCUCGCGGCAGCCCCUGCCCCUGCCCCUGCUCCUGCUCCCGCUGCUGCCUCAGCCUCCACCGCUGCCCCAGCAGCUUCUCCUUAACCCCAGAGACAGCAGCGGCAGUGCUUUGGUUUGUCUCCUACACAGAAUUACUGAGAGGACCCCGUACGAGGCGAGAACAAAGAUGGGGAUGGCGAAUGGACAACGAACUCGGUGCCACAAAUGAGAGAGAGGAAGGAAGGAAAGCCCUGCUCCUCCCCAGGCCCCACAGAGAUGGGCUCGCAGCAGGACUGGUGCUGCUCACUCCAUCCAUCCCAGGGCCCAGACGCAGGGGCAGCGUGCAGCACAACCACCCUUGCUGUGGGCACGAACCUGAGGGUACCUGCUGCUCUGCCUCGCUCCCUGCACGGUGCGUGGGGCCUGUGCCCAUCUGGGGACCCUUCUAUAUGGCUGGGGCUCUAUCCCCCCAGGUUUCUUUCUGGGUUUUAUUUUUCCAUGUUUUCAGUUGUACGAUAAUAAUAAUAAUCUCCACUUCUUGGAGGGGGGUGGGUGGGAACAAGAGGUAAUGAAUUUUAGAAAUAUAUAUUUGUGUGUGUGUCUCUCUAUAUAUAAUGUACACACACACACACAUAUAUAAAAUUAAAGGAAUUGGUGUCACAAAGACAAGUAGCUCAGCUUUUGCCAGUGGGAAGGAGGGGGUGAGGAGUGUGCUCUCUCUCUCCACCCUUCCCCCUUCUUUCUCCAGCAUUAAAUGGCAUCAGACAGCCAGGGUGGGAGUGGGUAUUUAUUGUCACAUAAAUGAGGAUGCAUUAAUGAAUGAGCAGGGGUGGGAAUGGGACACUCCUCUGUUCUUCCAGAUCCUUUUUACUGUUAAUGAUAAUAAUUUUGAAUGCUAUUUAUAUUGUAAAACUUUCUCAGUCUACACUUUCUCUGUAGGACACCUCUCCUCAUCCCUGCUGUUCUGACUGCAGGGAUUUAGCUGAAGUAACCUGGGAAGAACACAGCAGGCAGUUUAAAGGGUCUGUCACACUGGAGGACUGGGGUUACUCUGCCAUGCAGUUCCAUCUCAUCCCAACCCCUCGGUGCUUCCUCUCUGCGGAGGGUGAGGCGUUUUUGUGGUGCUUCAGUAUCCCCAUCUCAGGAGGCUGCGAGCUGUGACUGCCCUUCCCAGUGAGCACAGGGAGCAGCCAGGAGCGUCCUGGUCACUAAAGCAGCCCUGAGAAAGAGCCCAGCCCUGCCCCAGGCAGGGACCAGGACGGUGGCAGUGCCAGCCCUGGCGCAGCCGCCGGGCGCUGGGCGCGGAUCUCAGGGGACUCUGGCAGGGCCGCGAGCGCCCGGCGUGUCCCGCCAGCUCUGGGCUGAGGGGGCACCAGGGGAGGGGCCCCCAGCCCUGCUGUGCCGCAGGACCUGCUGCCCGGAGCUGGGCGUUGCAGCCAGGCCCUGCUGCAGCUCUGGCCCCUCCUGCAGGGCUGAGGCUCGGGCUCUGCGCCCCCAGCUCGGGCUGUCCCUGCUGCCAGCCCUUCCCUGCUCCCUUUUCCUGGCCUGGCUGGGAACACACACUACAGGACUCUGUCCCGACCCCGCAGGUGCCACUGGCGCUGUUGGACCCCAAAUCCUUGCCUGAGCCUGCAAGGCCUUGUCUACACACACCAAGGCACCAGAAGGACUAGUAUGAAUUAAUUCUGAGAGUUAUGUUGGUGCCAGUUUUAAAGUAUACCAGAUUAGUCUGAGCUUUGUCCUUUAAAAAGAAAAAAAUCUUUUUUUAUUUUAAUACCAUGCAGACACCCUCUCCCCUCCUCAGCUCCAUGAGCACUUCAGCUGUAAGGGAUCCCCAGGAUUUGUUUUCACCCUGAACAGAUAAAGGCCUCACGAAGUUUAGGUAGCUUUUUUUUUUUUUUUUUGUAUUUCCCUAAGGAACUGGUGCAGAUCAGGUCUGAUUUAUAAACAAGCAGCUCAGCUGUGUAAAUGUGGGGACAGAAUGUUCAGCUAAUGUUUCAAAAGGAAAGGAAAAAAAAAGUUGUACAGUAUUUUUCCUGUAAAGGUUAUUACUAUAUAUAGAACAAAAGAGAAACCACCAAUGCCAAGGGGUGGAGGGGGAGGUGUCACCUGCCUUCUGGAUAGCCCUUACAUAUGGUUAAUUGUGUGCAAUUUUUUUUCUCCUUUUUUUUCCUCUUUUUUCCCUUUUUUUUUUUUCCUCUCUUUCAAUGUAGUGUAUGUUUGUAGGGGUGGCAGGGGAGGGGGGGGCCUUAAUGCUGUGGUUUGAGGCUGACUUCACACUCCCAGCACUGACCAGACCUGCACGAUUCCGAACUCUAACUUGAAUUUUGUAGAGAUGAAACAAAUGAAAACAAAUGAAAUAUUAUCACUAGUUUGUAGUUUAUUUAAUUCUUUGGAGUUCUUUUACUCUAUCAGCUAUUUGUGUGGCUUUUAUUUUUAUAGGGGUUUUUUUUUUGUUGUUGUUUGUUUGUUUUUGUUUUGUUUGGUAUAUCCCCUGCCCUCAGCUGUGUGUUUCCUAGCACAACCCCAUUCUUGAACAGAAUGAAGCUCACGUUCCUGGGGCAGAGUGAUGGAAUGAUGCCCUGGAAUUUCUCAAACGGGAUGGGGCAAAAGGAUUUUACUUUACUAGCAUUUGCUGCAGGUUCUGUACUUGUACAUUUUCCCUGUGUUCAGCUACUUAGAUAGUAUGGUGAUGGGCUCCAGGAGGAAUCCUUAGAUUAACACAAGCCACAUCUGGCAAAGCAGAUGUGAUUCUUUUGUACGGCCAAAAUCAAGAGGAUGUGUCAGUGAGCGCGGGGCAGGAUCGAGCCCUGCUGGGGCACACGGGGCACUGGUGGCUGUUGGAGCUCUGCCUGGCACAUCUCAGCAGCCUGCAGGGCGCUGGGGAGGCAGAGUGUGAGGAAGGGCUCAGAGGUGUCCCGGGCUCUGCAGUCUGGCCAGGACCCCUGGCAGAGCAGGAGCCGGCCUGGCCCGUGUGCUGAGUGUGCCAGAAGGGCCCCAGUUGAUCUAUGCACACCAUGUUCUCCCCCAGGCACCCAACUUCUCCCCAGCAUCUCAGCCCUUCUCCCAAACUUCUGUCACCUCUGCUCUAGGAGCUGGCGCAGGAAUGAGAGUUCUUUGUCCCCAGGCUGCUGGAGAGGUGACCCUGAGAGGGCCAGGGGCCCUGGCAGGACAGUGGCCCUGGCAGGACAGUGGCCCUGGGCAGCCUGAGCCCAUCCUUCUCCCAGUCCUGCCCCUCCGACUCUUACACUGUCUCUGUUUGCAACAACAACAACAAAAGAAAGUGGAACCCGACUUUUUAUUCUGCCAUGUUCAGGCUUUAAUUCAGCAAAGCCCUUAAGCAGAUGACGCUGAGUGGGCCCAGGUUUAAGCCCGAGCUUAAGAGCUUUUCUGAACAAGAGCCUGGAGAGCACAAGGACCCCCAGAGCAGGUUUGGCACUGUGGGCCAUCCCAGGCUCUCCCAUCAAUGGGGCUGCAGAAACAAUGACCAGAGAAAGAGGGAGAUUCAACUGGCUCUGUAAGGAGGGGAGAGAGGAGACAGGAAAUGGAACUGUUUUGUCCAAAACAAGAUAAAAACCAAACAAUAAUGAACCUUGAGGUGGACCCUCCUGAUUCUGCUACCAUUCACUGCUGAAGAGCAAAAAAAUUAAAUAAAAACUAUUGACUAGAUUGCUCAUUCUAGCCACAAACUCAACUGGAUUAAAGUCUGUGUGGAAGGAAUUUUAUAAAGAAAAAAAACUUCAAAAAAAAUUUCCAAUGUAGCAAAAAAAAAACAACUUUAAAAAACAAAAAUAAAAAAAAAAGACAAUGAGGGAGGAUUCUAGCCUUUUGUAAUAUCCAUAUUGCACACUAGGACUAUAAGCCAUUGCUAGCUCAUUUUGAAUUUUAAAUGUGUAAUUUUAUUUUGUUUUGUUGUUGUUUUUUUUUCUUUCCAUGGGGGAGGGGGGGAA